GGUGACACUAGGCGAAACAGCUCGAACCUUCUCACUUUUGGCUUCUCACUGCAGCUUCGACGUCGGGGUUUUGCCACUGCCAGAGCGCCGUCUCAGACUUAAUACUCCAAAGAAUUUUGGCAGAUCACUCCCUCAGCAGGGUUCUCUGCUGGGUGCGUCCCACAUCCCGAGCCCAGCUCGUGGACACAACUGGAACUCCAGAGACCCAGUCCCCUCUGCUCCGUCAGCCAAAUUCUGAGAAGUUGAGUGGGGAACCUCUGGGAGCCUGGCGCUGCGCAGCGGCCUCCCCUGCAGGGCCUGUCACCCGCUUGGCGGGUGCAAAUGCCGCUGGCGCCUCUCUGCGCCCCUGGGAGAUAAGCGUCUGAGUCAGGCGGAGUGCAGGCUCACCCUGGCCGCGCUGGGGGCCCCCCGCUCGCCUCCUUGCCCCGCCCGCCGGUGCGGCAGGCCGGGACACUCAAGCUCCGCUCUUUUUUCUCCUUUCCCAGGGUCUGCGCAUCGCCGCCGGGAUGAAGCUGGUUCCCGUCGCCCUCAUGUACCUGGGCUCGCUCAUCUUCCUAGGCGUGGACACCGCACGGCUCGACGUGGCGGCAGAGUUCCGAAAGAAAUGGAAUAAGUGGGCGCUAAGUCGUGGAAAAAGGGAACUUCGCGAGUCCCGUAGCUACCCCACCGGGCUCGCCGACAUGAAGGCCGGGCCUGUCCAGACUCUUAUUCGGCCCCAGGACGUGAAGGGCGCCUCUCGCAGCCCUCAGGCCAGCAGUCCUGACGCAGCCCGCAUCCGAGUCAAGCGCUACCGCCAGAGUUUGAACAACUUCCAGGGCCAGCGGGGCUUUGGUUGUCGCUUCGGGACGUGCACGGUGCAGAAGUUGGCGCAUCAGAUCUACCAGUUCACGGACAAGGACAAGGACGGAGUCGCCCCCAGGAACAAGAUCAGCCCUCAGGGCUACGGCCGUCGACGCCGACGUUCACUGCCCGAGGCCGGCUUGGGUCGGACUCUAUUACAGCCUCCAGAGCCAAAGGCGCGAGGGGCCCCGGACUCCCGGGUGCAUCAAGUAUUUGCCACCCUCCUUAGGAUUUAGGCGCCUGGGCAGCAGCGAACAGUCGCGCAAGCCUCUCGCCGGCACCUCUCGGGCGGGAGGGCUUCCGCGAGCCGAGCCCCUCACUCAGCCCAUGGGCCGGGGCUGAGAACAGCCCCGAGAGACCGAGAGUCCAGGAGGCACCGUCCGGCAGCCAGCGAGCACUGGCUUUGCAGGAACGCGUCCUCCGCGGAGGAGAGACAGUGUUCUCUUCAUACUAAUUGGGGCCAGGUGCCCAGGGUGGGGAGGUGGGUGCAGAGGGAAUCCAAAGGAGCGUCGUCUGCCAGGCUCACGGAGAGGAGAAACUGCGAAAUAAAUGCUGAGACCCUCAGAGGCAAGGGUCUGAGCCACUACCGUGCCCGCCCACAAACUGAUUCCUGAUGGGGUGUCACCCCACCGGGGUGCAAGCCUCACUAUUACUUGAACUUUCCGAAACCUAGAGAGGAAAAGUGCAAUGAGUGUUGUAUAUACAGAGGUAAUUAUCAAUAUUUAAAUUUGUUGUCAAGAUUUUUUUGUAACUUCAAAUAUAGAGAUAUUUUUGUACGUUAUAUAUUGUAUUAAGGGCAUUUUAAAGCAAUUGUAUUGUUCCCCUCCCCUCUAUUUUAAUAAGUGAAUGUCUCAGCGAGAUGCAAGGUUGUUUGCUGCGUGGAAUGUGAGAGUGUGUGCGUGAAAGAGAUGAGUUACCUCUUGUGGAAGAAGAAAACACCAUGUCUGUAUAAUCUAUUUACAUAAAGUGGGUGAUUUAAGAAGUAGCAAACCAAUAAACUGUCUCAGUGCUGAUUCA